GUUGUUGUCGGAGGCGGGCUAGCUAGCUGCUGAUGCUGCGCUGCGCUGCGCUGCUUAUGUGGAGUAGGUACGAUUGCAUGGAUGGCUGUUCAAAAUUCUUUCGAGCGCGUUGAGGUUGCGAUGCUGAAUGGGAUGAUUCUACCUGCCUGCCUACCUAUUUACCUACCUCCCUCGUACCUAUUAUCUUCCCCCCCCCACCUAAGUGUAUGGGUUCUCAACCGUCGAACCCUUUUCGUAAAUCUCUCGGGGAGAACAGAAAUGCUUGUGUCGGCACCGCUACUCCCCAUUCUUUUCCCUGGCUAUAAAGCUCGAUACACCCACAGUACCUCCUCCCCCUCCCAUACUCAAUCCCCUACAAUACAACGCAACAAGUACUCAACCAUACUCAUACGACCAAUCUAUAUACAGAUUUGCAGAACGAAGAAGACCCGGAUUCGACAUUCCAAUCGUCUUCGAACCUUAGAUCAUCAAGAAAAAAGAAUAACAUAUAAAAACACAUCAUAGCUAUAAUGUCUGAUAUGUAGGUGGGGGGGGGGGG